GAUAAACGUCUUAAACUGAAUUCUCUGUGGUGGGAUACAUUAUUUCCGUUCAUCACAACCUAGCAGACCAUGGCGCACAUGGGUCUCAAUCAAUCAUCAGCUUCUCAUUUGCCUUUCCAUGGAAAUCCCUAUAUAAACAAACGUCUUGAAUAGGUCUCCCCUUCUCUUCUUCGUCUCUUACGGAUCUUCUUCUACGGCUCCUACUCUUCUCCCUUUUUUUCAAUCAAGCUUUCUCAAUCGGUGUGGCCUGACAGCUUCGUCACUGCCUUGCUACAACAAUGCUGGCCCUGCCUGUCACCCUCCUAUGGCUCAGCACCGGUUUUCCGCUUCUUACCUACGCCUCGCCGGUUACAUCCGAUGCUGACAAUCAUACUAUAAGUGCUACUGAAGCAAACAGUAGUAGCUCGACUUCAUUCCUUCCUCACAAUACCUCUCGACAUCAUGAAUCAAGUUCACAAUCCCCCAUCACAUAUAUUUCUCCUCAGAUAGCGGCCCCUAUUAAUGCCACCUACGUUAAUCCCUCUCACAAGUGGGAAAAGGCUUAUCGAAAGGCCAAAAAGUAUCUUGACGAUUGGACAUUAGAGGAGAAAGUACAGCUCACAACCGGCGUGGGAUGGGAAAACGGUCGUUGUGUAGGCAACAUCGGGGCCAUACCAAGCAGAAAUUUUUCGGGUUUAUGUCUUCAGGAUUCGCCAUUAGGUGUUAGGUUGGCGGAUUUUGUUUCUGCUUUUCCAGCUGGAAUUAAUGCUGCCGCAACGUUUGACAAGGAUCUUAUCUACGCUCGGGGCUAUGCUUUGGGCCAAGAAUUCAAAGGCAAAGGUGUGCAUGUUGCUUUAGGUCCAAUGACAAAUAUGGGACGUGUGGCUGCUGGCGGCAGAAACUGGGAAGGCUUUGGUGGCGAUCCCUACCUAAGUGGCUGGGCAACUGAAAUGACUGUUCGAGGUAUACAAGAUGCUGGUGUACAAGCCUGUGUCAAGCACUACGUUGGAAAUGAGCAGGAACGCAAUCGGACCACAGAAUCCUCUAAUAUCGACGACCGUACUCUUCGGGAGAUAUACACCCAUCCCUUCUUACGUGCAGUACAAGCGGAUGUGGCUUCUGUAAUGUGUUCUUACAACCUCAUCAAUGGUUCAUGGGCGUGCGAAAACCCCAAAACGCUCAAUGGGGUACUGAAGACUGACUUUGGUUUCCAAGGCUACGUCUUGUCCGACUGGGGUGCUCAGCAUUCUGGAGUUGUCUCUGCCAACAACGGUCUGGAUAUGUCCAUGCCUGGAGACAUCGUUCUCGGAAGUCUGACUAGCUACUGGGGUUCCAAUUUGACAGAGUCAGUCAAAAACGGGAGCGUGAGCGAAGAAAGGCUCGACGACAUGGCCGAACGAAUCAUGGCGGCGUACUUCCUAGUAGACCAAGAUAAAGAUUAUCCAGAAGUCAACUUCGAUUCCUUCCGUUUGUCUGGAUCCAAUAAUUCUCACGUUGAUGUAAGGGGUGACCACUGGAAAAUCAUUCGGCAAAUGGGAGCCGCGUCGACUGUCCUUCUCAAGAAUGUCGACCACGCCCUACCUCUUAGGAAGCCUCGAAGUAUGACACUUAUUGGUUCUGAUCUUGGUCCCUCUCUCCGUGGGCCAAACGGGUUUUCCGACCGCGGCGGGCUGUCUGGUACCCUUGCUAUGGGCUGGGGUUCUGGCACAGCCGAAUUCCCUUAUCUUGUCGACCCUCUUUCCUCCAUAUCCCUCCAAGCACGGGAAGAUGGAACCAUUCUCAAUUGGUGGCUCGAUGACUGGAACCUCUCGAAUGCUUCCUAUUGGGCGUCGGUAGCUGAGGUCGCUAUCGUUGGUAUCAACAGCGACUCUGGCGAAGGCUACAUAACCGUUGAUGAUAACGAGGGUGAUCGAAACAACCUGACUGCUUGGAACAAUGGUGAUGAGCUAGUAAAAGCUGUGGCUUCUGCGAACAACAACACCAUCGUCAUAGUUCAUUCUGUCGGGCCCAUGAUCAUUGAGGACUGGAUCGACCACCCUAACAUCACUGCUGUCCUCUGGGCCGGUCUGCCGGGGCAAGAAUCAGGCAACUCUCUCGUCGAUGUUCUUUACGGGGCAUACAACCCUUCCGCUAGACUUCCUUACACGAUCGCUAAGAAACGGGAAGACUACUCAGCCGAUAUUGACUAUGUCACUUCUGAUAUUCCCGCCAUAACUCAGGUCAACUAUACAGAAGGCUUGUUCAUCGAUUAUCGACAUUUUUUGGCAAAGGACAUCACUCCUAGGUAUGAGUUUGGCUUCGGGAUGAGUUACACGAGCUUUGAAUUUGGAGACGUUUCACUGGAGGAGAUCAAGGAAGAGGGUGCAGGAGACGACAUUUACAACUUCCAAGAGGUCGAUGAUGGGACAGUAAAGGCCGGUCGCUUUUUGCUUGACUACUUGCACAAGGCUCAAUGGACUGUUACCAUCGAUAUCACUAACACUGGUGGGGUCAACGGCUGUGAGGUUCCUCAACUCUACUUAGCAUAUCCAGCCGACUCUGGGGAGCCACCCAAGGUAAUGAGAGACUUUGCCAGGAUCAAUCUUGAUCCUGGAGCUAGCCAAACAGUUACAUUCAACUUAUCGAGAUAUGACGUUUCUAUUUGGGAUGUUGAAAGCCAGAAGUGGACUAUCCCUGACGGUACGUUUGUCGUUGAAGUGGGGAAGAGCAGUAUGGACAAGGAUGCGAAGACAGCUUCAUUCUGCCCGGGGAGCUGUUAAAAUAUUGGUAUCAUUAUUGCUUGGCAUGUUUUUUUGUUUUGUUUUUGUUUUUAAUAGCUAAAAUUUAAAUGUGGACAUUUGAAAAUCUUCGUACAUAUAAGUUAAAUAUAGUGGUAAAGAAUACAGAAUAAGUGAAUAUAGUAGUAAACAAUGCAUGAUAAGUAG